CGAUGAAGAAGAAUGCUCCGAAUAUAUCAAAAGUAGCAUCAGAUUUAAUUCUGGCUUAUCAAUAGUUAACAAGUCAAUAAAAAGAAAUUAUCAUAUCCCCAAGAUAUGAAAAAACAGCAUUAUAUUUUCCACAAUCGCGUACUAUCUAAUUAUAAAAAUGCCUUAGCAAUCGAAGAAAAUAUUGAAGAAGAAAAUUAAAUUGAUAGUCCUAGAAAAACUAUUAUAGAAGACGAGGAGGAUUACCUUACAGAGAUUUCUGAACUUAGAAAAAUAGUAGAUUAAAGUAUUAAAUUUUAAUAAAACAGUGAGAAUGAAAUAUAUGAACAUACCUUAAAAAUAUAGCCAGUAGCCUUUAUAAACAAAUGAUUAAAAUACUAUCUGUUCACCCUAACAAAAAAAACCAAAAAAAUAAGUUAUCAUAACAUAAUACUAAUCCGAUUUUUUAAGGCAAUAAUAUGGAAAGCUUAAGUGA